CAUAACCUGUGGACCUUCAUCAUGAACUAAAACACCAGCAAAGCAACAAAGCAGCAAAUCCCUUGGACAGUUUCGUUUUCAUAUAUACUGACAGGAAAGACUAAAAUUAAUAUAAAAAUAAAAGAUUUCGAUGAUUGCUAGGUUUUACUUUUUAUUUCUAAUUCUCGAUCCACAAAGGAAACAUUUUUCUCAGAUUCUUACGCUUUCUUUUUUCCCUAAAACAGUGAGUGUGUGUGUUUCCAUCUCUUUCUAGCUUCAAGGCUACAUUAUUUGCUCAAAACAAGGGCGGAUUUCCUUAAUGCCACUUCUUAAUUACGCGUAGGCAGCCUUUUUCAACUUCACAUCCUUUGAGAUUUGGUUUUCUUAUAUCCUGAGAACCCGAAAGCAAAAAAGAACAACAGCAACAACAAAAAAAACCAAUGUGUAGCAACAAUACAAGCAACAACGUUGGUGUGGGAUGGGUUGCCAAUGCGAGUGAAGUGCUGGGCGUUCAUGGCGAGUAUGGAAGUUGUAGUUCAAGGAAGGAGAAGAACAAAAGAAUCCCCAAAAGAGGGCCUGGAGUGGCUGAACUAGAAAAGAUAUUGCGAGAACAAGGGAAAAGCGAUGGUAUAGAGAAAGGAAAUAUAAAUAAUGGUGGGGUCCCUUCUUCAUGCGUAGCUCCCUCAAAUUCUUUACCAAGAAGGGCUACUACUUAUCUUCGUAACAUUCCUAGUCCUAGGACUCCACCACCUCUUCCUCCUCCUUCCAUGACCCUCCAUGUUAACGGAACUGGUGCCCAAAAUAUGUGCGGUAACAGUCGUAGUAAAGGUGUCUAUAUUAGCGGAUCCGGUAUAUUUUCGCCUGAAAAAGUCUUUUUGCCUGUAACGUGGGGCUCCUCUGAGACAAGGAACGGCCCGGAACCUCCAAAAAUGGCUGCUGGUUUUACAUUUCCCACUCCCAAACUUGUCUCUAACCGAUCUGAUCAAAACAUGUUUCCUCCUCCUAUGUUGCAAAUGAACCAUGGCACUUGCGCCCAGCCUUCAAUGAUUGGCAUAAAGAAGUUCAAACAGAUGAAUCUUUUUCCGGGAUCAGGAAUUUUAUCUUCAUCAUCAUCCGCAGGGGUGUAUCAGUAUCAUCACGUAGAGCCCCCUUCAACCCAAAAAUCUUGUCACAGCUACAUAUCUACAGUACUGGCUGAGGAGCACAAGAUAAUCGGAGGCAAGAGAUCAAGGCAUAAUUUCCCUGUCGAGAACUGGCCCCCACCUCCCCCUUUCUACUCUCAGAUUUCCGGCCUUAAUCCUUCAUCUUCGUCUACAAACAAUGGUGUUUGUGUGUUCAAUGUUGGAAAUAUUUACAGAGGCUCAAUCGCAAGUAGCCCUUUGGAGCUGAAAGCGAAACGAUGCGGUAAUGAAGAUGGGAAUCCUAAUGACAAUGACAGUGCCCUCACCUUAGGCCCUCCAAUAACUUCUUCGGCCUCAACCCAAAAUUGUCAAAAAGACUUGCCCAAAUACACCAAGCAGUUCACUUUCCAAGUAAGAUGCUUAAAUGGGAAUCUCUUUUUGUUUUCAUUUUCUUUAUUGGCCCUACAUGCUCCCUGGUUUGAUAAGUCUGUUUUGAUUUACUUGCAUGACUUUGGUUCUUGUAUUCUCUUCCAGGAAAUGAAGGAAAACACUGAAGAAAAAAGGGGUGCAGCUGUUACAGCGGAAGCGACACUUGAUCUAAAAGAUGGAACAUAUGAUUGUAAAGAAAAAAAAGCCGAUUUUAUUGAUCUUAACCUAAAGCUGUAAAUUAGUCAUGGCCUCUUUUAAUAAUUAGCUAGUGAAUGUAGUCCCAAAAUUAAAUAUAUAUAGUCUUUACAAUCAGCUAGAUUUAGUUUUGUUUUAUGAAUAUUAAUAUUAAUCUAGUGAAAUAUAUAA